UUCUGUCACCUACAGGUGCCACCACAGGAGUGGGCAGUGCCCUCCAUGACAUAUGCUACCGUUUUGGGGCUAGCCCCUGAAUUCAACAGUCCCCACAAGCUCAGACGCCUGGAUGUUCAUGAGCAACCAUGGACACGAAAACAAAGAUGGGGAUACCGGAGGAGCCUCCAGAAAUCAUGGGCCCAAUCCUUGCUCUCCUGGCAGCGCCAGUGCCAGGGCCCACCUUGGUGUGCCCACACCCCCCUGGAACCCAUCUUUUGUACCAACUCUGUUUCGAACACCUGCCCGCUCCCUCAGGACAGUUCCUGGGAAGCAUGGCAGGUACCCUGGUGUCUCAGUGAUGGUCACACUCAUCUGAUUUGCAAGCCACCGCCUCCGGCCCUGGAGAUGUGUCAAAGGAUGGAGCAGUUGCUGGUCCACUCCCCAGAAGAGUUCACACCUCUGGAACGUGUCGUCAGCAUGAGGUUCCACCCCACCUCCAUGUCCUUAGCUACCUCUGUCCCAAACCUCCCUUCAGCUCAGGGGCCGCAGUUCUGCUCCAGAGAGUUCCUGCCUGUUCCUUCCAACCAGCAACUGGGAAUGCCCACAUGGAAGCCCCAGGGCUGCCCACAAGAGGCCUGGGCACCAAAGAGGGAAAACCAGACAGCAGAUAGAGGAGAGGAUGGUGGUGAGCACCAAGCUCCAAGGUGGGGAAACCAGAGAGAGAGCAGAGAAGGGAAUGCUGGGGAACCCUGGGCAUCUGGAAGGCAACUCCUACCAGACCUUGAAAUGGGGGAUGAUGCAGAGGCUGAGAUCCUGGGGUGGGGAAACCAGAGAUUAGUAAUAAGUGAAACUGAUGGAGAUAUCUUGACACCAGGGAGUGAGAAUCAGGACCAGAUGGGAAGUGAGAAUAGAACCAAAAUUCAGGAACUAGGGAAGAGAAACCAGAGGGAGGCUGGAGGUGAGAAUCCUCCUGAAACCCAGGCGCACAGGGCAGAGAACCAGGAACAAUUAAGAUGUAAAAUUGAUCCCGAGGCCCAGACACCAGAGGGGGGGGACCAGGAUGGGAAUGGAGGUGAGGAUGCUGUAGAGAUCCAAGCAUUUGAAAGGAAGACCAAGAAAAAGGCUGGAGGGAAGGGUGAUGGAGAGAUCCAGGCCCAAGGACUGGGGAAGCAGGGCCAGACUGGAGGUGAGAAUGGUGAGGAGACCCAGAUGCCAGGGUGGGGAAAACAAGCCCAGCAUGGAGGUGAUGAUGGUGCAAAAAUUCAGGCAGAAGAGAGGGGAAACAAGGACUGGGUUGGAGUUGAGGAUGCUGUGCAUUUCCAGACACCUGGGAGGGAGAACGUGGGAGAGGUCAAAGAAGAAGAUGGUGUAAAGACCCAGGCACUGGAGUGGGGAAAACAGGAAUGGGCUGGAAGUGAGAAUGUUCCAGAGAUCCAGACACCAGGGUGGGAGAACCAGGAUCAGGGUGGAAGUAAGAAAGCUAGUGGAGAGAAUGAGAUAAAAUUAAGACUUGAUAUUUCAGUGGGGAGGGGAAACCAAAAUCUGAGAAAAGGCGAGGAUGCUGGGGAAACCCAGAUGUCUCAAAGGAAAAAACUCAAAGAGAUCAGAGAGGAGGACUGGCUGAUAAUCCAGGCACCAUGGUGGGGAAGCCAGAGAGUGGUAGCAGAUGAAAUUGACAGAGAGUUUGAGAUACCAUGUUGGGGGAAUCAGGGCCAGAUUGGACGUGAACAUAGAGCAGAAAUUUGGGGACCAGAGAAGAGAGAGCAGAGAGAAGGUGGAGGCAAGGAUGAUACAGAAACCUGGGCACCUGAGGCAGAUAACCAGAGACAAUUAAGAGGUGAAGCUGAGGUAGAGACCCAUCCACCAGGGAGAAGGAACCUGGAGCAGUUUGGAGAUAAGAAUGGUGCAGACAUGCAGGCACCAGGGAAGAAACGCCUGAGAGGGGUUAAAGGUGAGGUUGGCAAAGAGACACAGGCACUUGGUGAAGAAAACCAGGGCCAGUUAAGAAAUGAAAUUAGUGGAAAGAUUCACCCACCAAAAUGGAAGAACCAGGAACUUAUCAGAAGCAAGGAUGGUACAAAUACUCAGGCAUACUGGGGAAAAUUAACAACUAAAAUUGAUGCAGAAGCCCAUACAGUUGGGUGGAAGAAAGAGGAACAGAUCGAGAGUGAGAACAGGGCAGAAAGUCAAGCUCUAGAGAAGAGAAACCAGAGAGAAGCUGGAGGUGAGGAUGGUACAGAGACCUUGGCACCUGGGGAAGAAAACCAGGGUCAAUUAAGAAGUGGUAGUGAUAGAGAUGCCCAUUUAUCAGAGUGGAAGAAUCAGGAACAGAUGGGAGGUAAAAAUGGAACAGAAAUUCAAGCUCCAGAGACGAGAAAUCAAAGAGAAGCUGGAGGUGAGGAUGGUGUAGAGACCCAGAGACCUGAGAGAGAGAACCAGGGACAGUUAGAUAAAGAAAUUGAUGGAGAGAGCUCUUCACCAAGGAGGAGGAACUGGGAGCAGCCUGGGGGUGAAAACGGUGCAGAAAAUCAGGCAUCAGAGAAGAGAAACCAGAGAGAGGUUGGAAGGGAGAAUGGUACAAAGUUCCAGAGGCUUGGGGGGGAGAACCAGAAACCAUCAACAAGUAACAUUAAUGGAAAGACCUACUCAUCAGAGUGGAAGAACCACAAGCAGAUUGGAGGUGAGAAUGAUACAGAAACUCAAAUACAAGAGAAGAGAAACCUGAAAGGGACUGAAGGUGAUGAUGGCUCAGAGAUCCAGGCACCUGGGGGAGAUUACCAGGGAGAGUUAGGGAGUGAAAUUAACACAGAGAUCCAGACACAAGGGCGAGGGAACCAGAACACAGCUGGCAGUGAAGAUGCUACUGAGAUCCGGGAAGUAGGGAGCCACAGAAAGUGUGGAGCUGAAGAUGCCGGAGGGCCUCAAGUACCAAGGGAUAGAAAGAAGAACCAGGUCAGAGGAAAGGAUGCUGCUAAGGCAAACCUCCAAGUUGACUGUGCUGGGGGUGAGGUACCCAUGUGCAGGAAACACAGCUUGGCACGGCCCUCAGCCCUCACUGGCUCUGGAUGUGGGGCCAUGGAACAGGGACAGGCCAAGGCUGUGAACACUUUAGCCUCUGCUCCCGGUCCGGAGAUGAAGCACCUGCCCCACCGAAAUGAGGUCCUCCUGCUGGCCAGUGGGGAGGAAGAGAACCUGGCCAGCCGGAGCACAGCCCCUGUCCAGGGGCCCCAACUUGAAUCCCAGAGAGGCCGACCAAAGAACAAAGAUGUGGCUCCAGGGAAGGCCUCCAGCCUGACUUGGCAGCCCUGGAACCCUCAGUCUGUGGCCACCCUGGGCCUGCCCUCUGCUUGCCCCUCUCUCCAAUGUGGCCCAGACCCCCAAGCUGCCGCAGCUUUUGGGGGCACUCCCACUGCCCUCACUGUCCUGCCCAAGGGGCCAGUCCUCAAGAAGAGCAAACAACAGCUCCUGGAUUCCCUCAUGCGGCGGAAGAUAGCACACCUGAAGUGGGGCCUCCCCCAGCGCAUCCUGCAGUCCUAUUUGCUCCUUAACGUCUUAGGACCUUGCCCAUUGCCCAUUGCUGAGGUGAGGCCUCCCGGAUUAUACACAGGUCAUGAGUUCCACGGGCAGAAGAAAAGUCUUUGUGAAGCCCAGGGCUCCAGGCCAGGCCCUAAGCCCCCAGAAAAGCCCCAGAGGGUUCAGCCCCCAGGAAAAAAGAGGCCAGAACUUCCUACACAGACUAAAGCCCUCGAGAAGUGUGGACUGCACUGGUCAGAGCCACAGGGCACGCCCAUCCACCCUGAAAAGCCCAGGAGAGCCAAGCCACCAGGUGGCGCCAGAGACCCACAGGCUAUCCUGGAAGAGGUUCUUCCUAGGUCCCCAUUCCCUGCUCCCAGGAACCCCAGGCCUGAAGCAGAGUCUGGGAGCUGGCGUGGCCAAGAGAAAGCUGGAGAGUCUUCCAGUGAGACCAGCAGUAGCAGGAAAAUGGUCAGGCCAGAGGUCUCCCAGACGGCAGAGAGGGCUCCCAGCAGAGGGAGGACCCCAUGCUCCAGGGCCGGUGACAACCACUGGAGGGAGGAGCGCCCCUUGUGGGAGGUCCCUAAGCCCCCCAGACGCAAACUUCAACAGCCCACAUACUGGAGAAGAGGAAGUCUGGAGCCUGUGAGGGGCGGAGGGGCUGGGCAGCAGCCUCCCUCCUGUUCUGCAGACCCCUCCAGCUUCAAAGGUGGUCUCCAAUCAGCUGCAGUGAGGCUGAGCAAGACACUUCUGAACAAGAUGUCCCGGUCCCCACCGCUGGCCAAGUCGCAGCACACUGUCCCCCACCUGAGCCUGCAGGAUCCUGAUCCUUCCCUGCUUCCCCAAGCAGGGGACCCACAUACAGGGGAAGGCAACAUUGGGGAUACUGUGUAG